CGCUGCCACUUGCCCCAUCGAGUAGCGCGAUGUGUUCGCACGCUAACGUAGCGAGGCAACGAUAAGGCGUUGCAAGCGCGUAUAAAAGUGCGAGAGACGAUGUGACGUGGUCCAGUGCCCCCUCAUCAUCACCUCUCCCUUCUACCCCUACCCUCCUCGCGCCACGAUGCGAGUCCACCUCGCCCUCCUCACGUUCCUUUCAGCCACGGCCCUCGCCCUCCCCUCUUCCCGCCUCACCACCCGCGAUGAGGAUCACGUCGUUCACGAGCGACGCAACGCCCUCCCGCAGGGCUGGGUGAAGCGCGACCGCCUCUCGCCUCACUUCGAGAUUCCCGUGUCAAUCGCCCUCAAGCAGCAGAACCUAGACAGGAUUCAAGAGUACCUCGAAGAGGUGUCGCACCCCGACAGCAAGGCCUUUGGACAGCACUGGGACGCCGCUCGAGUCGCCUCUACGUUCGCCCCCUCGCAAGAGACCGUCUCAAGCGUCUCGGAUUGGAUGACCUUGCAUGGCAUUGGAUCGACGCGCAUCUCACCCUCCGUAUCUCGCGGUUGGCUCAACGUACGCCUCUCUGCAGCAGAGGCUGAGCGACUGUUGCGCACGACGUUCCACGAGUACGAGCACGCCGACUCGGGCAUUGUCACCGUAGGCACCGAUGAGUACCACGUGCCGGCAAGGCUUGUAGAGCACAUCGAUUUCAUCACCCCCACGCUCCACUUCGACGCCAAGGUCAAGCGCGACAACAGCGGCAACCUCGACUCCUCCCUCCAACGCCGUGGCGCCCACCCUCACCCCUCGCCCAACCACCCUGCCCCCAACCACGCUCCCCGCGUUGUCGGCAUCGGCAAGUCACUCGGUUACCCCGGCCAGUCCACCUCCGAGCCCAAAUUUGUCCCCCUCGCCCCACUCCCCGACGGCCACCCGCACCCCAUCGUCAAUGACUUGAAGAACUGCUCAAACUCCAUCGUUCCCAUCUGCUUGCGCGCCCUCUAUGGCCUGCCGAAGCUUGAGGGAGAAGCCAAGAUUCAGGAUGGGCUGGGCAUUGUCGAGUACACCCCGCAGGCUUACCGCCAAGAAGACCUGAGCUACUUCUUCAGCCAGUAUGCAAAGGGCUUGAAGUACACAAAGCCCAAGGUCGUCUCAAUUGACGGCGGCUACGCGCAGACGGUGAAUCAAUCAUUCGAGUACAAUGGCGAGUCAAACCUCGACCUCGAAUACGCUAUGGCCCUCGCCGAGACCCAGACGACCCUCUACCAAGUCGGCGACCCCAUUGAAUCCGCCUCCUUCUCCGACUUCCUCGACGCCCUCGACGGCUCCUUCUGUGCCAACGACGACCCUAGCCAGGACGCCGUUUACCCUGACAACUCGACGGACCCCCUCGCCUACAAGGGCCCCAAGCAGUGCGGUGGCAUCGCAGCCACUAAGGUCAUCUCGACCUCGUACGGCUACAACGAGGCGGACCUGACCCCUCUCUACGAGCAACGCCAAUGCAACGAGUACGCCAAGAUCGCCCUGCAAGGCGUCAGUUUCUUCUUCUCCUCCGGCGACUACGGUGUCAGUGGGAAUAAUGGGCAGUGCAUUUCUUUCACCAAUUCAUCGGAGUAUAUCGACCAGUCGCAGGGGGGUCGUUUCAACCCCAGCUUCCCCUCUACGUGCCCCUACAUCACGUCCGUAGGAGCCACGCAGAUCAAGCCGGGAAAGACGGUCAAUGAUCCAGAGGAGGCUUGCGAGACAACCAUCUACUCGGGUGGAGGCUUCUCCAACGUCUUCUCCAUCCCAGACUACCAGAAGAGUGCCGUCGGCACGUACCUCUCUCAACAUCGCCCUUCCUACCAGUCGCCCAGAGUCUACAACGGUACGGGAACGUCGCGCGCCUUCCCGGACAUCUCAGCCAACGGAGCAAAGUAUCUCGUACGCGUUGAUGGACAGUACGCUCACGUCUUCGGCACCUCAGCUUCAGCGCCAGUGGUCGCGGCCAUCUUCUCUCGGAUUAACGAGGAGCGUGCCCGCAUCGGUAAGGGGCCCGUGGGCUUCGUCAAUCCGACGCUCUACGCCCACCCAGAGGUGCUCAAGGACAUCACUGAGGGUGGGAAUCAGGGAUGCAACACGCCUGGAUUUACGGCUGUUCGAGGGUGGGACCCCGUGACGGGACUGGGCACACCAGACUACAAGAAACUGCUCAAGCUUUACACUUCGUUGCCAUAGGCGCGUGUGCCUCUGAGUUGGGACGCUUUGAUACCUCUUUCCUUCUCAUGUAGACUCCCCCUUUCAUGGACAAGCAUUGCACAU